AUGUGCUUGAGGGAUUAUGAAGAAGUAGGUGGCUUCUGUCUGAAAAAUAGUUGUCUGAAAAAGAAGCAAAAAGAGAUUGGCGCCGGUGGGGUUGAACCAGAGAGUGUCAGAUUUCGAAACAGGAGCGUUAGCCAUUGCGCCACAAGGUACACAAGGAGAAACGGUGGUGGUGGGCGUACACAAGGCGGUGAAUUUGGGACAUCUAGAUUGGGAACAUUUGGCGGAGAUUUCUAUCUUUUUUCUUAUUCUAUUCUCUUCUUCUAA